AUGACUUCAUCAAACGAGCAACAGCAACAAAAUGAAGAACGACAAAUAAAUGUCGAGCUCGGUUGUUUAUCAACAGUUUCUCCACCGCUUCAAUAUAACGAACAACAAGAACAUCUACCACCAAAUCAACAUGAAGAGCAACAAAAUGGCAACGCCGUCGACACACUCGUAAUGACGAUUCCACCGCCAACAUACGCGUGCACAGAUUGUAUAUUCAAUGCAGACGCUGAUACUCUCGAAACAUCCCCGCCAGCAUAUCACACAUUAUUCUCGCUUUUCCAUUCUCCCAUCACUGCAAUAGACAUCAACAAUAGCAAUAGUAUCAACCCCAAUUGUCAACAAUGGAUUCGUCAUUUUGAGAAGGAGGAUGAAAUUGAACAGCAGCGAAUACAGAGGCAGAUGGAGGAACAGCAACGACAGCAAAUGUUGCAACAACAUGAGCAAGUUCAGAUACAG